UUUGGCCAUUUGCUCAUCUACCUGACUAAUUCUUAUUUUACUUUAACACGUUGAAUUGUUUGUUAUUUGGUUUAGUUUUAACAAUUUGAAACAAAUACUUUAAAGGACAUCAUUUGGAAUAUAAUCUGUGAGAAAUUAUUGUGAUUUCAAUUGGAAGCACGCAUUUAAAAUACCUGAGAAGCUUUUUGGCAUUGAUAAGGAUUCGCUGAAGUGCCGGUAAGCAGCAAUUCAUCACGAUCAACAUGGCUGCAUCUGUGCUUUUUGCCUGCGGCUUGAGUGAGCAAAAACUGCCAAAUUUUGUGCACAUCAGCGAAGAGUCGAACGUCGAUAGCAGUUUUCUGACCAGCUGCAUACUUGGUCAACGGUUGCGCCUCUCUAACGUCGGCACAGUGCUCGUCUGCUUGCAGAACAACUAUUAUCACUACUUCCGCGCCGGUUUGCGUCUCGGUUAUAAUGUGAAUAUUUUCCUUGGCAAAACACUGAAUGUUGUAGAUCCAUUAACGGAAAUGGCACGUGAGGGUAUCACUUCCAAGUGGCUACAGGACGAACGUCUUGUCACAACACUUCUACUUGACUCUAUACGCGAUUAUGUUAGUGCCAGCGCAGCACAACGCAUCAGCGUAACUAUAGUAAUUGACAAUUUGGCGAUUUUGUUGAACUUGGGCGCUACCGUGGAGGAGAUGCUACAGCUGUGCCAUGAUUUGGACGCAUUGACGAAACAGUAUGAGAAUGUGUCGGUGAUUACGAAAAUAAGCAAUUGUGAUAUAUAUAUGCCAAUCGAUAAUAAUUUGUCGAAGUUGGGUACGCUGCGUAUUCGUGUAGUGCAUCUAAAGAGUGGCGUGUCGCAUGAUGUAGAUGGUAAAUUGCUGAUCGAGCGCGAAGUGAUCGGUAGUGAAUAUGAGAAGCGGGAGCAAGACCAAGAGCAGGAGGAAGAGCAGGAGAAUGGCGGGUAUGAAAUCGAGCGAGUACGCAAGGAAGUGCUUUACAAAGUCAACGACAGGAAUGUAAAGAUUAUGAAUCUAGGUGAAGUGGGUGUAAGAAUUUGAGGAGGCGCGUAUCUGGAACAUAUGUAUCUGAUGUAGAAAAAAUAAAUUUUGACUUACAUAGUAUUGACUUGUUUAAUUUAAAAUAUGUCAAUUACUGCACUUUGUUUACUUAGAGCAAUAUAAUUCAACCUAAAACAAAGUUGGUUAUAAAUAAAAAGAAAAAAAGAAAGAAA